UCGUCAGCGACGAACAUGACGAACGUGUCUCCGUUCGCCUCCACGGUGAAACCGAUCACGACCACGGAAGUAGUUUAUCAGCGGUUCGCGAUCGAACCGAUGGAUCAGACCGCGGUGAUUGGCAGCCGAGUGACGCUUCCUUGCCGGGUCCUCGACCAGAAGGGACCUAUUCAAUGGACAAAGGACGACUUCGGCCUUGGCGCUGUCAGAAACCUCACCGGUUACGAGCGUUACGCGAUGAUCGGGAGCGACGAGGAAGGUGAUUUCUCGUUGCACAUCUACCCGGUGGAACUGGAGGACGACGGCACUUACCAGUGCCAGGCCUCGCCUACGAACGACGGGCAGCCGGCGUUGCGCUCGAGAUUCGCCAAGCUGAGCGUGCUGGUUCCGCCUCAGAAGCCGAAGAUCCCUCAGGGCGACUUCCUUAUCACGACCGAGGACCGGGAAUUGGUGAUCGAGUGCGUCAGCGUGGCUGGCAAACCGCCUGCGGAGAUCACGUGGAUCGACGGGCUGGGAAAUGUGCUGCACACAGGAAUCAAGACAACGAAAGAGUUAUUCGACGACGGCCCUUUGUACACCGUGAAAUCUGUCUUAAGUGUGAUGCCGCGAAAGGACCACGACAACACGACGUUCACGUGCCAAAGUCAGAACGCGGCCGACCGCACGCCGCAGAACGCGAAACUUCGCGUCGAGGUUCGCUACGCGCCGAAAGUGUCUCUGAGAAUCCGGUCAGGCCUUGGGAAGAACGGCCGCAUCGUCGAGGGUAGCGAGCUUCGCUUCAAAUGUCGCGCCGAGGCGAAUCCACCGAACGUCGAGUACAGGUGGUUCAUCAACGAGAAAAAGGUGAUCGGAGAUUACACCACGGAAAUGAUCAUCCACAACGCGACGAGGGAUUUGCAUGACGCGAUUGUGAAAUGCGAGGUGCACAACGAUGUUGGGAAGAGCGAGGACACCGAGACUCUUGACAUCACCUACGGGCCACAGUUCCGGCAUCCUCCUGUCUCCGUGGAGACUCAGUACGGCGCUACAGAGAUCUUGCAGUGCGACGUCGACGGGAACCCGACGCCGGAGAUCGUCUGGUUGCACGAGGAUUCGGAUCGACAAAUCGCCAGCACGCCUAAUAUCAGCGUUGUGGUGAACCACGAGACGGCUGGACGAUACUUUUGCAAGGCUCGGGUACACGGUUUUCCGGAACUCACGGGUUCUGCCAACAUCUACAUUCGGGCGCCGCCGAGCAUCGUGUCGCAGAGGGUGCAAUACGUGCCCGACGAAGGCGUCGUCAAGGUGAAGUGUACCGCGAUAUCUGUGCCAAAAGCGGACUCGGUGAUAUGGAGCUUCGCCGGUCGCGAGCUCAAUUUCUCGUCGAACAAUACGCCGUUCUACGUGCUGGAGGAAUACACCGCCGAGAGGAUCGUCAGCACUGUCACGCUGCUCGAUCCCAUAUCCACGUACUUCGGGGAUUACAACUGCACGGUCACGAAUAGCUUCGGCACGGAUUCCGUCAUAAUCAAGCUGACGGCACACAUCGAUUGGCAACUGAUUCUGAUCAUCGGUGGAUUGGUCGUCUGCGCUAUCCUGAUUGGCGUGAUCAUUAUACUCAUUCUGCAGUGCCGCGACCGCAUCAAACAACCGCGGCCGAGGACAGCCCAGACCCAGGAGACUGAUAUGCAAGAAACAGAUUCGAACGCGGAUCGAUAUCGAGAGAGUGACAGAAGCAGCAACCUCUCCGAUGUCAAAGCGGAUAUACGAGCUGGAUCGAGUGUCAGCAACGCGGAAAGCGUGACAGCACUUGACAGCGAGGGCGAAGGAAGCACGAGAGGUGUGAACGCUUUGGCGCUUGCCGGUCCGGUACCGAAUCCCCUGGGUUAUCGUUACAGCGCCGAUUACACGGAACCAUCGUUCCCGCCGAAGAAUAACGACGGCAGUAACAAUAAUGGUUAUGUGCCAUACGUGGACUACACCCGCGACUAUAUGCCGCCUACGACGCAAGGGGUGGGAGCGUCGCGGGAAUCCCUAAGCAGGAUACCAUCGGGCGGCAUACUAGCCUCAAAGAAGAUCGGUCUGAGUUCCGCGAAUUUGGGCACCGCCACCCCACAAACCACCCCUGCGAUCGACCCACGUUUCUCCGCAACGUAUGGAAAUCCCUACCUCAGAAUGUCAGCGGCGGAGCAACUGAGACACGCGCCGCACACGGCUGUGCCAGGAGUAACGCCAGCACCACCGCCCUACACGCAAGCAAUGAGAAUGAAUAGCUUGAAUACCUUGAACGGCGCUGGACCACAGGCUCCAUUGUCAGCGCACUACAUCACAGGCGGGCCAAACGGCGGUGUAGCGACGGUAAAACGCACCUCGGCGGUGGGGACGUUAGCGACGCACGUAUGAGGCCAGGGGGUCUAUCCGAACUAGAACCGUCGACGUUCGGGCCUAACUAGCACCGCCUUCGAACACCGUCGAGCCGUCGAAGGUGCACACCACUCGAGCACAACA